CCCCCUUUCUUGCUUAUGUAUAUAUACAUCAGUAAUUUAAGUUUCAGUAUUUCGAACGCACUUAUGGCAUUAGAUUUAUUAUAUGCAUAAAUUAGACAAAUAAAAGUGAUUACAUAAUAUGUAAUUAGAUAUUGAAUAACGAUUAUAUGUAAACAAGAUAAUAUUGGAGUAUGUAAUAUAUAUAAGGAGAUUUUAAGGUUAUAAUUUCGAUGUGUCAAAGCUAAAUGCAAAUCACCAAAUAUCACAACGGAAUUGAGUAUUUUAUAUACUCGACAUGUGCAGACGAUGUUGAUACUUUAAAUUAAAUUUGAAACGAUUUAUUAUUCUCUCUCCACACAUUCAGUUGUAUAUAAAAAAACUUUAGGCAUGCAGUUUUUCUAAAACAAUUGAUAUUGACAUGGAAGUACGAUUCUUCCAAGCGGAGCUUGUGGCGAAUGUACAGAACACGAGCAAGUUAUAAAACCAAAGAAUACGAAGGUCGCAAAUUAGUAGGGUUUUCAAUGGAGAAAAUGUAUUACGUGGUUGCCGAUGUAGGAAGUUACAAGGACUUUAUACCCUUUUGCAAGAAAUCUGAAAUUACUUUAAAAAAUGAAGACUUCCUAAAGGCCAAUUUAGUAAUAGGAUUCCCACCUAUAAACGAAAGUUAUAGUUCAAAGGUGACCAUGAUAUAUCCAAGAGUAGUUAAAGCAGAAUGUAGAGACGGCAGAUUGUUCGAUCACUUGAAUACUCUGUGGCUUUUUAGCCCUGGAUUGAAAAACAAUCCCGAAACAUGUGUGAUUGAUUUCUCCUUGUCCUUUGAAUUUAAGUCUGCCAUUUAUUCUCAUUUAUCAAAUCUAUUUUUCAAUGAGAUUGUAAGACAGAUGGAGAAUGCUUUUCUCGAAGAAGCUGAAAGAAGGCACGGGAAGCCAUGUUUAAGGACAGUACAGCUACAAAGAUGAUUAGAACCCACUUACAUAGAUAAUUGAAUAUAGAUAAUAUUUGUUUUUAUGAAUUAAUAAAUUUAUUUAUUGCUAUCAAGCUGUCUUUAAAAUAAGAGCAUGUAAAUUUGUCAAGAUUAAAGAUAAAAAGUUGAUACGAUAAAGUAUAACAAACUAAAUGUUUAUAAUUAAAGCACAUAAAGAAAAGUGCACUGUUUUUUAAUUAAACUUAAAUAAUAAAUUUGCAAAAAAUUAAUUUCGCGUCAAGUAUUAAAAAAGAAAAGAAAUAUGCACCAAUAUAUGGUAUCUUCUACAAUUUUACAUAUUGGAAAAUAUCUUAAAACUUUCAUAUAGAAAGUGAUCAAAAAGAAACUCUCAGCUCGAUAAUAAAUUGUUUGCAACAAUUUAAGAUAUAUUUUAAUAAAGAACAAUGCAAAAAAGAAA